AUAUCACGAAAUACAACAAACAUUAUAUGGGUAUAGGUGAAAAAUAUCGUUUUCUUAAAAGUUGAAAUGAAAUUCUUUUACUUAAAUUAUAAAAGUAAAAUAGUGAAUACAUAUUUUGCAUAAAGCGUUUUUUCUCAAGUUAUAAAGCAUUUGAAAUUAUUGUGUUGUGGAGUAUAAUAUUCUUACAUGUCAUUUACCAUCUGGAACAGAUUGAGGAAAUUAUAAUUUAAAUAGUUAUAAAUAUAUCAAAUUGUUAGACAGUCAUGAAAAUGGUGCUGUCACAAAGACAACGUGAAGAAUUAAAUAAAGCAAUUGCCGAUUAUCUUAGUAGCAAUAGCUAUCACAAUGCCUUGGAAGGAUUAAAAAAAGAUGCAGAUAUGCCUGGCGAAGUAGAAAAUAAAUAUGGAGGUUUACUUGAGAAAAAAUGGACAUCUGUAAUUAGACUGCAAAAAAAGGUAAGCGAGCUUGAAUCCAAGCUUUCUGAGUAUGAAAAAGAAAUUAAUUCUGGAGCUCCAAAAAGAGCACUGCGUUCUCCAAGUGAUUGGAUACCAAGAGCCCCUGAAACACACUGUUUAACUGGUCAUAGAGAGACUGUCAUCAAAGUUAUAUUUCAUCCUGUUUUUAAUAUUCUUGUAUCUGCAAGUGAAGACGCAACUAUAAAAAGUUGGGAUUAUGAGACUGGCGAGUAUGAGAGAACUUUAAAAGGUCAUACAGAAGCUAUUCAAGAUAUUGCAUUUGAUGAAAGUGGCAAACUAUUAGUUUCCUGUAGUGCUGAUAUGAGCAUAAAGCUGUGGGAUUUCAGUCAAACAUAUGAAUGCAUCCGUUCCAUGCACGGACAUGAACAUAGUGUAUCUGGAGUAUGUUUUCUUAAAGGAGGAGAUUUCAUAGUUUCUUCUUCAAGGGAUAAAACAAUUAAAAUGUGGGACGUAAAUACGGGAUACUGUGUUAAAACAUUCACUGGUCAUCGGGAAUGGGUCCGAAAAGUCAAAGUUUCCCCAUGUGGUCAAUUUUUAGCCUCAUGUUCUAAUGACCAUACUGUUAAAGUUUGGAUAAUUGCUGCAACCCAGUGUAAAGCUGAUUUACGAGGACAUGAACAUGUAGUUGAAUGUAUAGCUUGGGCACCAGCUGCAUCAUCAUCAGCUAUUAAUGAAGGAGCUGGAGUAGAUCAGAAAAAAAAUGGUUAUGAAGGUCCUUUUAUAAUAUCAGGAUCAAGAGAUAAAUCAAUUAAGAUGUGGGAUGUCGCGUCACGCUCAUGUUUAUUUACUAUGAUUGGACAUGAUAAUUGGGUACGUGGUUUAGUUUUUCAUCCCGGUGGUAAAUAUGUUAUAUCAGCAAGCGAUGAUAAAACACUUCGAAUUUGGGAUUUGGCAAAUAAACGUAAUAUGAAAACACUGUUGGCUCAUGGACAUUUUUGUACUACAGUUGAUUUCCAUAGAUCACAGCCAUUUGUAAUAACAGGUAGUGUAGACAAGACUAUAAAAGUUUGGGACUGCCGCUAAUAGUUUUGGUUCACAAAUUAUAUAAUGUUCAUUAUUUUCUGCUAAUUUUAAACAGUAUCUCCACAAAGAUGUUUUCAUUUUCUAGUCUAUCAUAGAAGUGUUGGUAGUUUGUCUCUCGCGAGUUUUAUUUGUAUAAAAGUAGCACUGCAUUUUUUUUAUAAAGAAAUGCCCCACUUCUUUAUGUAUUGUAGGUAUGUGUAAUUUUUAUUAUUUUUCUCAUUACUAGUUUUUAAUAAAGUGUUAGGUUUAAAAUAAAAUAUUAUUUUAUUUAAAUACUUGCUUUUCGUUUAUGACAAUGUUUAAUUUUGUUAGAAUACUCUUAUUUUAAUUGAGCAUUUGAAUUUAUAAUUAUUUUUUGUAUAAUGCUUAAACUUAAUAGAUUUAACAGAAUCCAGCUUAAUUGAAAUGUUUUUUAUUAUUAUAUUUAUUACUAUUAUUACAUUUCUUUUAUAAUUAUAAAAACAUUAAUAUUUUGGUUUAUUAAGUUAUCAUAUUAAUAUAUUAAGUCAUUGCAUCUAAGUUGUAAAGUAUCUUUUAUCAAAUCAUUUUGAAAAAUUUGUUUCCUUAAAUUUGUGUUACACCAUAUUAUGAAAAUGAUGUCUUAAACAAUAUUAAGUUUAAAAGUUAUACUUUUGUUCACUGAUAUUGAUUAAACUUAAUACUAACUAAUAAGUAUACUAUGUAAAAUUUAUACGAAUAAUAGCAUUGUCUAAUUUUGAUUUGUUUAACGUAUAAUUUUUCAUGAAAACUGGUAGUUUGAAUAAUGUAAAUUAAUGUAAUGCAUACUUAAUUUAUCAAAAAUAUUAUAUUAUAUUAGCUGAUAAGAUACUGAUUUUAUAAAAGCGGUGGGAAUAUCUUCAGAGUAAGGUAGUCUACUACUAGUAGUACACAUUUGAUAAAUUUGUACUUUUCAUUGACUCUAGAGUCUAAGCAAAAAUCUUUAUGCAGACUUAUUAAGACAUUCAAUAUUGUAUGUCAUCUUCUUACUUACUUAUUUUUCUGAAAAUUAACCACAGUUACUGUUUCAUUGUAUGCAUCGAACAUAGAGGCAAUUACUCUAGCAGAAUUUGAACUUUUUCAGUGCCAUUAAUUAUUAUUAAUAGAUAAUUCUUAAUAAGCACAAUCACUACAGAUUCCUACAUUAUAAAAUUGUCCUCUUUAUACGUGGUUAUUUUUCGUAAUUUCAAACCAAUGAUUUAGUUAUGCAUUAGUAAAUAAUGAAUUUAUUUUAUUUAUAAUUGGUUAAGUUAAUAGUUUUAUAACUAUUAUUUAUAUUUUGAUUCCAUUUUCUCUGCGAAUUAUUGACAAAUUUGUACAUUUAUACAUCUAUAGCCUUUGUUACAAUAAUACAUUUAAGCUUAUUCAUAAUAAAUUUAUAAAUUACUGUAUUAAAUUUAAAAUUAUCAGAUCAGA